AUGGAUUUCCAGAACCGUGUUGGCUCAAAAUUCGGUGGUGGUGGUGUAGCAGGAGCUUCGGAGACAAAUGUCGACCGAAGGGAGCGUCUUCGCAAGCUCGCUCUUGAGACUAUCGACCUUGCUAAGGAUCCUUAUAUUCUUCGCAACCACCUGGGAUCCCUCGAGUGUCGUCUUUGUCUUACCCUCCACACCAAUGAGGGCUCCUACCUCGCCCAUACCCAGGGCAAAAAGCACCAGACGAACCUGGCUCGACGUGCGGCUCGCGAUGCCAAGGACACGCAGCUCAUGAUUGCCCCAGCUCAGUCCUCGGUACAGCGUAAAGUCUUCCUCAAGAUUGGACGCCCUGGCUAUCGCGUCACGAAGGUCAGAGACAAGGACACGGGCAAAGAAGGCAUGAUGGUUCAGGUCCAUCUGCCUCAAAUUAAAGCGGACGUUAUGCCUCGGCGACGCUUCAUGAGUGCUUGGGAGCAAAAGCGCGAGCCACCCAACAAGGCAUUCCAGUACCUCAUCGUGGCCGCUGAGCCUUACGAGACCAUUGCAUUCCGCAUCCCCGCUCGUGAAAUAGAGGAAGAAGAGGAUGAUGCCGGCUACUGGAAUUGGUCUCAUUGGGACCCUGACACGAAGCAGUAUAGUUUCCAGUUCAUGUUCCGUUUGAGUUAA